GGGCGGCGGGGGCCUGGCGGGCGGUGGCGCAGGCGCGGGGCGGGGAAGCCGGGUGCCGCCAUGCCGACCGUCAGCGUGAAGCGGGACCUGCUCUUCCAGGCGCUGGGCAGGAGCUACACUGAUGAAGAAUUUAAUGAGCUUUGCUUUGAGUUUGGUUUGGAGCUUGAUGAAAUUACAUCUGAGAAAGACAUUAUAAGUAAAGAAAAAGGCGAAGAAAAGGCAAAGGGUGCAUCUGAUACUGUUCUCUAUAAAAUUGAUGUUCCUGCCAACCGUUAUGAUCUUCUUUGCCUUGAAGGGUUGGUCCGAGGACUGCAGGUCUUUAAAGAAAGGAUAAAUCUCCCUAGGUAUGAAAAGAUAAUACCAGCUCAGGGUGAAGGUCAGAGGCUGAUUAUCACUGAAGAGACUGUCCAAGUCCGUCCUCAUGCUGUAGCUGCAGUCCUUCGUAAUAUAAAUUUUACCAAGGAACGUUAUGAUAGUUUCAUUGACCUCCAAGAAAAACUACACCAAAAUAUUUGCAGGAGAAGAGCAUUAGUAGCAAUAGGUACCCAUGACUUGGACACCAUCUCUGGUCCAUUUACUUUUACAGCCAAAGCACCUUCUGAAAUUAAAUUCAAGCCCUUGAAUCAAUCCCAGGAGUACACAGCUUCACAAAUUAUGGAUCUGUAUAGGACUGACAGCCACCUUCGGCACUAUUUACACCUAAUUGAAAACAAGCCACUUUAUCCUGUCAUUUAUGACAGCAACGGUGUUGUUCUGUCCAUGCCACCAAUCAUCAAUGGAGAUCAUACAAAAAUAAGUGUAAACACCAGAAAUGUGUUUGUUGAAUGUACAGGCACAGAUAUUACAAAGGCAAAAAUUGUUCUUGAUAUUAUAGUCACGAUGUUUAGUGAAUAUUGUGAGAAGCCAUUCAGUGUUGAAGCAGCAGAAGUAGUUUAUCCUAAUGGGAAGACCCACAUCUAUCCGGAACUGGCUUACCGAAAAGAGAAGGUGAAACCUGAGCUCAUUAACAAGAAAAUAGGAAUCAGUGAAACUCCAUCAAGCCUUGCAAAGCUGCUGACUAGGAUGUGUUUGAAGUCACACGUCACAGGGAAUGGGAACAAUAUAGAGAUUGAAAUCCCUCCUACCAGAGCGGACAUUAUCCAUGCAUGUGAUAUCGUCGAAGAUGCAGCAAUAGCUUAUGGUUAUAACAACAUUCAGAUGACUAUUCCGAAAACGUACACCAUAGCUAAUCAACUCCCCCUCAAUAAGCUCACGGAACUUCUGAGACUGGACUUGGCAGCUGCUGGAUUCACUGAAGCACUGACUUUUGCCCUGUGUUCUCAAGAAGACAUUGCAGAUAAACUUGGCAUGGAUAUCUCUGCAACAAAAGCAGUGCGCAUAGCAAACCCCAAAACUGCAGAAUUUCAGGUGGCACGUACAACCCUCCUUCCCGGGCUACUGAAAACUAUUGCUGCUAACCGAAAGAUGCCCUUGCCUCUCAAACUCUUUGAGAUUUCUGACAUUGUAGUAAAAGAUCCUAAUACAGAUGUAGGUGCAAGAAACUACAGGCAUUUCUGUGCAGUUUAUUACAAUAAGAGCCCAGGGUUUGAGAUUAUCCAUGGUUUGCUGGACAGGGUCAUGCAGCUUCUUGAAGUACCACCAAAUGAAGAGAAUGGCUACACAAUCAAGGCAACUGAAGGGUGAGCUGCACAUGAAUUAAAAAUAACAUCCUUAAGUGCAAAAUCUCCUCUGAGUAUGUGCAUAUGUAUGUAAGAGAGAAAGCAAGCAAGUUGACCCCAUUACUUCAUUGAGAGAGCAUAGGUUGAUGCAAGAGAGCAAGCAUCAGCAUCUAAUCUAUUAUGCUACCUAAAGUAACAGUGUAGUAAAUACAGUAUAGAAAAGAAAGACUGCAGGGAUAGCAGCUAUGAUUUACUUAUGUCAUGCAUUGGUGUUCAGAGAUAUGAGACACUGACUCAAAUUGACUCAGCUUGAAGAAGUGCCUCUAUUCUGCACUUACUGGAACAAGUGGCACUGACAGAGAGUCCCUGACAGCCUGACCGAGCUUGCCUAUUCACAGAACUUUAAUGAAAAAUUGUUAGAUGUCUCCCUGUUUUGCAGUGCCCUGCCAAGAUGGCAAACACAACACUUCAACUAAGUGGUCUCCUAGCACUUUAAUGCACAUUUGUGUCAUAUAUAUUGAUGCUUUUUUUUUCCUCCUGUUUUUUGACAAAGUACUAUUUUGCUCAGUAUUAUUUAGGCAGACUUUCAAAGGGUUUAUUAGAAUACUGUUAAUAGGAUGCCCAGGUUGACCAGAGGAAUUCUGCCAAGCACAGAACAAGUAAUAGCAAAGCUUCUUAUUUGGAAGGGGGGUGCAGUGGGGGGGUUGGAAGAGCCUCUGGCAGUUGGGUACUUAGCUGUCAUUGAAGUCAAACCAAACCAUUAAAUUCCUUUUCAAAAUUCUUCUGUAGCUCAUUUUUGAAUAGACAUAUCAAGAGUUUGCUUUACUACUGACAGUAUUUGGAAGUCUUUUCUAUCUUGUAUGGUAGCAUUUCAAUGAUGUAUGGCUGGCUUCAAGAAACUGGAAAAAAGACCUCAAAAAAUAAUCCAAACACAGUGAAGAAGUUAUUUCUAGAUACUAGUAGUGUUUAGUAUUCCUGAUGCUGUGGGAUUUGUAAUGCCCAUUCAAAAUCCCUACAUUCCCAUGACGUUACUCCACAAUGCAUUUAGUGUAAAGGACGGAUUAUGCCUUGUCAUAUGCAAUAUAUUACAAGCAGUUUGUGGCUUUUGGCUAUAGACAAAGAAAAAAGUACCUACUACUUUCUGUUUCACCAGUGAUUCAGAAACUCUCCUGGGAUGGCAUGUAGACUGCUUGCAGUUCCCUUGACAUUGGAAUUUAACCUUGGUAACAAUGCAAAUGGCUGAUACUCUAGUGCCAUAGUGAAUGCAGUGUCACUGCACCAACUUACUUAAAAGACCUUCACUUCAGACAGAGAUGGUUGGAAUUCAAAGUAGUUUGGGGGAUUUUGUUUGGUUUUGGUUUUUUGUUGUUCUGUUGGGUUUUUUUAAACUUGCUUUGUAAUCUGUCAGUUAAGCUUGUGUGAGAGAGAAAGUGUCAGCAGAUGAUGGAGUAAGGUCAAUUGCUGAGUGAAAAAAAAAAUAUCCUGUAACAUCUUAAGAGACUGCAGGAUACUGAAAUAAUUCAGACGAACAGUGCAAGUUACUUCAGAGGUUUUAAAUCAGGACAUUACCCAUGGCAUGGAUUUUUACAUGUAUGUUUAUGGAGCAUGCUUUUUUUUAUUGCCUGUGCCAAAUUAAAAUUUGUACAGCGAGAAAUGGGUUUAUCCUACAACGCUGAUUUAGAAAGAUCCUAGGUACUUUUUCUGUAUGUGAUCUUAAGCAAAACUUGAGACUAGUAAACAACAUAGUGUAAAGGUAGGGUUUUAGUCCAGUUGUUUUUAUUCCUUGUGUAACUGAUUAAAAUAGUUCCAGUGAUUACUGGAAAACAAUACAGUGAAAAAGUGUUGUUUUAAAUGAGCAAUAAAGAAUAAAUAGAGAUGUAUUUGGCACAUAUUUGCCUCUUUUCCAAAUUCACUUUGAAAAAUGAAAUGCCUGUACUAUAAGUCCUGUUUGGUCCAUAUGUGCAAAUCACGGUUAUUUAAGCUCCUUCUGUUCUACCAACACCUAAGUGCCCUGUGAUUUGACCUUAAGGUCAGAGCCUGUUUGCCUUUGUAGCAACACCUGUGAAAAAAUUACAGAUGCUAGAAAAUAUGGGUGAAAUCGUGAUGUUCCCCUGGCCUUUGCACUACGCUUUGGUGUAAUCUGAGCUAAGUAAUAAAUGGAGAAGAGCUGUUUAGAGCAGCCUUAAGGAGAGGGGUUUGAGUGACUGAAUUCAAAGAUUUCAACAUACAUUUGGCACUCAAUGCUUUUCAGUUUCUUGAAGUUACUAAUGGAACCAUUUUUUUUUGUAUUACCACUAAAUAUACAAAAUUAUAAAGUUUGAAAGACAGAACUCUGAAAUGCUCUCCAUUGUCUUAAAAUGCACAGAAAGGACUUUUUGAUACAUAGUGAAUCCUAUAAUUACUGGCCUAGAAAAGCACUUUGGUUUUUUCAUCGUUUGUUUUAUAGCAUAGGCAUCCAUAAUCAAACAUAGAUAGAAAGGAGUAUGAUUAUCACAUAAAACUCUUCAGAUUUUAGCCAGUUCCAUACCAUUAAUAAAAUUUAAAGAUCAGUAUGGAUAUGUAUGAUUAGGAGGUAAACAAAAUAAAAUCAAACUUUUAAAAUUAUAAAAGUGUGGGUAGAAAGAAGCAACAAAUUUGGUCAUAUAUUGUCAGGUAAUUUAAUAAAUUUUUUUAUUUUUAAAUUCACUUUCAUUGGUUUCAGUUCCCUUGAAUUGAAAACUAGAGGCAUUCUGAAAAUUAAAUUGGAAGGUAUUCUUUGUUUCAAGUUUUAAUCUCUGCAGGAAUGGGUAUGUUUUCUGCAACAUUUUGGUCAUUUCGUACUUCUGGAUGACCAUCUGAGAUAACUAUUUUCUUCCAGAAAUCCAGACCAUCAUCACAGGAGGUAAUGUUAAUCAUGGGAUUUGGGUCCACAGUAAAGUCUUACUUAAGCUAAAAAGAAUAAAAAAAGGCUUAGUAAGUACUGACAGUGGAUCCUAUAUCACAGUCUUCAAAGGAGUGGUAUGAAGUGUAAGGUAUAAUUAUCCUCACUCACAUUGUAACAUUUAGAAUGCCUGUCCCUUAUUUCAGGAAAGAAACCCUAGUUUUGCAGUACCUUCUGAGAGUCUCUGUACUUUGCAAAUGGAAGUUAAUUGGACACAAGCUGUUUGAAAAGGGAAGAUAAUAUCCAGAUUUUAUGAAAAUGAAGCAAUUUGACAGUUUCACAGAAAAUGUUAAUGGUAAAUCCGUGCAUUGAUACUGCUUCACUGUUUGCCCCACUAACUUCCAUGACAAAAUUGGUAUUUGAUGAAGUAGCAUUCAUUCAUGUGAAAACAAACAGUCCCUGAAUAGUGUGAGCUUGUGACAUGAGCCACUUUUUUGUACAUUAUUGAUUCUUGUGAAUUUCAGCUAACUCUGGGAUUUUUUUUUUUAACUUUGUUUUUAAGUAAAUGUUCAUGCCAUUCAUUCUUUUAGGGUAAUCAACAGCUUAGUAAAGCUGGAAAGUCAGCCUGUUUGUUCAACAUGUGUACUUAAUAAAUGCAUACUAAGUCUUGCUUCCUUCAGUAACUGACAGUUGUCUUUCAAAAAAAAAAAAAAAGGAGAAAUUGCACUCCUUUCUUUUUACUGCCCUUAUUUAAUUAAAUGAAAGGUGUGGUAAAGUGUAGAAAAUUUUAAUUCCACAGUAAAUCAUAGUAAUAGCUUCUCAUUUGGUAAGGUUUAGCUGUGAAAUUAGAGAUGUAAUAGUUACCUCCAUAACUAAGAACAUCAAUAAACAUUUGCUUUGAUAAUAAUAAUUAUGCAACAAACAACUUUAAAAGAAGAUUUAGACUGUGAACCUCAAUUCACAAGACAAGAGGAGGGAAGUCUGGGACUAACUCUGAGUUACAUGUAUAGAAUUGAACCCCGGCAUCUAUCUCUGGUGAUCAGUUUAAAUUGGGAGACUGUAAUAUACACAGAUGUUUAGAACCCGUGUUGAACUUGGCAUUGUUAAUACCUGUUUUAUUUUAAGGAACUGUAGCUUGAUUUCUCUUAAUGGCAAUCUUGGCCUUUCAGUUGCCUGUCUUGGCAGCCAUUGCAUUGUUCAUGAAUGUCAAUAAUUGUAUAUUUACUCAUAGAUAACUAAAGGAAAUGUGCCAAUUUUACUAUGAAGCCUCCAAAUAUCAUUUGUGGCAUACUAGAAGAUACCAGUCAAUUCUUAAUCCAUUUAAGUGGCAUUCAAGAAUAGAUAUUUUAUAGGUGCUAUUUCAUCCCUGUAAUUGCAUUUAUAGUUUCAAAUUACCAGUUUGGUAGAUAAUCAGAUUUGUUUGACAACAUCCAUUUUCAAUAAAAACGUAUCAGCUGGUAACUGACUGUAUUCAAGUCCUCUGAAUUUCACAUUUGCCAAUUCCCAAAUAAUUUUUUUCUCACCAAGGAUCAAUCUGGAUCAUCUACCUUGGAAUACUGACACCACAUUAACAUUUUUUCUAGUAUUACAGAAUCCCCAGUGUCUUACUGUAAGUUAACAGCAGCAGGCAGGAUAUUUGCUUUGAGAAUUGCACCAUAAUUCUGGUGCCUGAGACUCCUAGCAUCUCAGAAACAUCCUAGUCCUGGCAGACGCAACCAAACAUAUUCUUCACCUUUUCAUUGGACUGGAAGACACCUUAUUAUAGUCAAGAAUACCUUUUUUUUUCCCCAGAUGAAAAGAAAUAUUUAUUAAAAACUUAUAUAUUUGUGUCUCACAUAAAAAGUUCAACCAGUCUUGUUAGCAGAUGAAAGUACUCUACCUACAAUUUGUUUCCAAUAGCCUUAAAAAUCUUUCUAAUGCUGUCUGUGUUGCUGCCAGUCAUUAAUCUUUCCUAAUUUAUUCAGUUUCUGUGGUGAAUUUUCAGCCACUGUUAUUAAUCACAUUUUAUGUAGUGCAAUUCAUUUCUCUCAUUUUUGUCUGUAAGUAGCUUUUCUGAUUUUUGAUCACUUUCACUUCAGCACUAAAUAUGGAUAGUGUUUUAGCCAAAAAUGUUCCCAGUUUUUGUUGUGAAACUAGUACUACUCAUUGAUCAAAUAAAUGUUCUUGAAGAUCACCCAAUCUUCCACUCCUAUUUUUCUGUUUAGUACUCUACCCUACCCCCUCCCAUUCAGCUUCAUGAAUUAACAACACUAAGAGGCAAGGACAGGUUUUUUAGAUCUGACUGAUUUUAGUCCUUUUACAUGUAUUACCCAAAUUCUCCAAGGGGUUUCAGGAGUUCCAGCACUGAUCAUUACAAUAGCUUAAUUAUAAGGCAUCUUGCGCAAUUGGAUGUUUGUCACUAGUUCUUGUGGCUUUUCCAGUGUUGGCCACUACUUUGAGAUCUAAUGAAUUUCAAAUUAAUUUCUCAUCCUUUUCUCUUGAGCAAUUUUUCCUGCAGCAUCAAGGGAGCUUAGUUACGUGAAGAACUACAGUUCUAACAACUCAAAAUUAAAUUAUCUAAUAAAGUGGGUGUGGCUGCUCACUUAAUGUCCCUUUAAUUGUCUAUUAUCUCUGCUCUUUAUUUCCUUCCUGUAAAUACAGGCCUUCAGAUUUAUGGGAACUGAAUCCCUACAAACUUAGGCCAAGUUUAUUUCUGUCUUAUAAAGUAUCUUCCCACAGUAGUGCUGAUGCCUCAAAUUUGGUUGUAACUGGAUUAAGACCCACGGAGGUACCUGGCAAAGAUAUGAACCUGGACAGUUGCUUAUGUUAUUUAAUUAGCCAAAGUGGGAGUCUACAGUGUUUGGGGUUUCUCCAGGUAAACCUGGUUUAUCAAAAUUUGACAUCAUGCGUGCACUAGACAUCUCAGAGGUCUCUUGCUGUUGCAAGUGAUGCAGUUAGGGCAGGCACACAAAGAGUCUGUGGCAAAACCCAUAGUUUGGUUCAGGAAAUAAGUCUCAUUUUAUUAGCUUUGUGUUAGACAAUUGAUUUUUAUUAUGAAAAAAAGAGGCUAUCAGAAGUGAGUUUGAGGAGGGCUUUUUCCACUCCUAUGGUCAUUUCAGCUCUCUUCUGAAAGUUUUUGAAUGUUCAUUUCCGAUACCCUUCAAGUAUAAUCUGCUUGCACAACCCUUAUCCUCAAAAAAGGUGUAUCAGUUAGAGGAAAAGUACAUUAUUUUAGCACAGCAUGGGUUAAUAAAAGGUUUGAUGGGUUUAGACUUCUUUGUCUUUUAAACUUUCAUCACCAGAUGACGUUUGACACACUUUUCCCCCACAUAUGAAAUGAGUUCAAUAAGAGAACAAAGAAAAUAUUUGUUUCUCAAAUUCAGAAGAUUAUUUCAGAAGAGAAACUCCUUUGAAUUGACUCAUUUAGAAGUAUGUUUCCUGUAGCGUAAUAAUGGGAAGAAAAAAAUCUAUGGUAACUGCAAAAAUAUUCUGGG